AUGAUCGCCAGACUUAGAAAUGCCUGUAGAUCUGAAUAUAUCAACAAGUUGCGGCAGAUGUUCACCGACGCGAGAGUGAGUAAGGAUCUGGCAGAGCAAUUCGACGACGAGAUAUUCAGUGUCAUCACUGUCGUGGUCCUCGGUUCGAAUUCUUUGUCGUUCAACCGGCCGUCGAGGGAGAUAUAUCCCGCGAAUGAGCGUUUCCAAAAAUACUACCAGAUGAGGCAUUCAGGUGAAUUGCCUCAUCAGAGGAUCCUCGUCAACGAAGAGUCUGGGCAGUACGGUCUUGAUUCCAAUUUCAAGUCGAAGAAGAUUCGAGCCGAUGUGGAUCAACUUAUCAAGGCUGAGAGACCCGGACAAACGGAGGCGAUUAGGGCUGUGCAGGAGGGUCAGAAGCCUGCUAUCCAGGCCACCAUCGUCCGGCACGUCGACUGCUUUGGGUUGGGGAUCAUGAAGACCCAGAAGUCGAUGACGAACCAACAACUCGUUCAGGAGGCCGUUGAACAGAUUUCUCAGCGAUUCAUGCCUCAGGUUCCCGCCAAUCGAAAGGCUAUUGAUAUCCUUCUCGAGAAACAAUGCAUCAAACGGGAAGGAGACGUCUUGAAUAUAUACAAAGAAAAAGAAUGCUAUAUUUAUAUUUGUCGAUCGAGAAGAACUUGUACAUAUUCGAGUUCGGAUUUUUAUGAUCUUUCACCGGCCCCCGGGUUGGCUGUGACUCGGACGAGUAAAGUGCAAGUUGGAGUGGAUACGUUUCAACUAGCGAGUACAAUGGAGAUUACAAAAAGGGAGACCAUUGCUGAGACGACAAACGUAAUAUGA